ACAGCGGACAAUGCAGCCGGCGGGCGUAAUUGCCACAGUGGCAGCUCUGCUUGCAGCAAACGGGACCUCCUCGGUGCUGGACUGCGUCUGCAGCCACCUCGACUCUGGCAGAAUCUCUGAAAGUUUCCGUACAGCUAUCACGCUAUGGGACUACUGUGUUGAUGAAGAUUGGCUACUGGGGUUCCCAACGUGCGACAGCCUGGAGCAGCCGCCCCCUCCGUGGUCAGCUGCGCAGCGCCUGGCAGCCCGGCUCUGGGACUCCGCACUGCCGCCGCCGCCAGCAGGUGGAGCGGCGGAGGGAGGGGGGUGCGCCGGCGCCCUGGCGCAGCUCCGCCCCCUCACGUUGGGCGAAUCCAUGGAAGUCCUCGUGGAGCUCGACUGCCAGAUCGCUGACGACUGUAUCGACUCCCGCUGUGUACCGAGUUUUGCGAUACUAACUAUCUGUCAAUAAGGGCACAUUUGUGAGACCCAAAGAGGAAGCGCGCUAAUACCUUCUGCCGCCGCCUCUUUUGUUGACACUUUCCACCGAGCAGUCAAUGGAAUGUGCCUCGUGGCAUACGUCUCUCUCCGCUCGCUGUCUCCACAUAUCGCUACAGCAGACAGCAAAUAAUCUGAUGAUGACAGUCGAAGACUG